AUGUUCUUCUUGGAUGCGUUCCUCAAAGGUCUACACAAACAGGGUGAUGAUGAUGCAAUCGAUCGGCUCAACUACUACUGGACACCUAUGCUUCUUGUCAUUUUCGCUUUGACUCUUUCAGCCAAACAGUAUGUCGGACAGCCUAUUCAGUGUUGGAUUCCAGCUCAGUUCACAGGUGCUUGGGAGCAAUACAGUGAGAAUUACUGCUUCGUCCAGAACACCUAUUUCAUCAGCCCUGACAAGUACAUCCCAGACUCUGAAGUCGAUCGUGAAGCGGCUGAAAUCGGAUACUACCAAUGGGUUCCAUUUAUUCUUGGACUUCAAGCCAUCCUCUUCUAUUUGCCAUCUCUUUUCUGGAGACUCAUGAACUUUAACUCGGGAGUUGCUCUCAAGAAGAUGCUUUAUGGAGCAAAGAAAGCCGAUCGUGUCGAUGAGAAAGCUCGCCACGAAGCCGCUAAAGCUACUGGAGCUCAUCUUUAUGAAUCUCUCACUCUGCAAUCGCGUUUCGCUAAAUAUAGCUCUUCAUUCACCUAUGGAGGAAGCUACCUAUCUUACUUGUACCUCUUCGUCAAAUUUCUCUACUUUGUGCAAAUCAUUUUCCAGUUCAUCAUUCUGAACAACUUCCUCGGAACCUCUUACACAUUCUGGGGUCUUGGCAUCCUAUCCGAUAUUCUCAACGGACGCGAAUGGGAGGAAAGCGGUCAUUUCCCGAGAGUCACCAUGUGCGAUUUCGAAGUGCGCGUGCUCGGAAACAAGCAUCGUCAUACGGUACAAUGUGUGCUAAUGAUCAACAUGUUUAACGAAAAGGUAUACGUCUUCUUGUGGUUCUGGCUCGUGAUCGUCGGAGUUGCAACAUUCUUGAACUUGUUGAACUGGUGCCGCAAACUUUUGUUCUCAUCUGCUCGCAAGGCUCACAUCAAGGCUUACCUUCAAGUUGAGGACAACGUGAGCGAUGACUCGAGAUCGGCCCAAGUUCUCGAUAAAUUUGUUGGAUACAAGCUGAAAUCCGACGGAGUUUUCAUCACUCAUCUUAUCGACAACAACGGUGGAUCUGUGUUCUCUCAUGACGUCAUCGUUGACAUGUGGAGCAGAUUUUUGAAUGAAGAGGAGAGCCGGUCACAGAAGAAGCCGGGAGAGUUCGACGAGAACUUCUCAUAA